UUGUUAUCUAUUGACGCGGGACAGCGCGGCGCAGUUGUGGUCUUUCGCAUAUUGCGCGGAGUGCGACACCCACAUUUUAAGACAAAGUACUUAACUUCUUUUUAAUUUGCGUCGAAUUCACCAUAGUUUCAGUUCUGGUUUUAAGAUUGAACUGAUGUCAGCUAAUUUGCCGUAUGCGGACGCGGAUACCCAAAAUUAUUUGUGUAACAUACUAUGGUGAUUCUUUACAACCUGCCGUGAAAUUUUGUCUGCAAGUCAACUCAGAGAAAACUAACAGGACAACUUCGACUCUGAUUCGACGGCGCAAUGGCGGGCGUCCUUACCGAGACCCCCCAAACCCUCUUCGACGACAAUAUCGAAACCUCCAUCAAACGCGCAACCUCCACCCUCCUCGCAUCCCAGAAAGAUGAAGGACACUGGAUAUACGAACUGGAGGCGGACGUCACACUCACGGCUCAAUACGUCAUGCUGGCACACUUUCUCGGCGAACCACCCAACAUUCUCCUGGAGCAGAAGAUCUCUCGCUACCUGCGCCGCCUCCAGCAGGAGCAAGGCGGUUGGCCCCUCUAUACCGGCGGUCCGCUUAACAUCAACACCUCCGUCCAGGCCUAUCUCGCCCUUCGUCUCAUCGGAGAUCCACCUUCCGCAGAGCAUAUGACACGUGCUUGCAGCGCCAUCUUGCGGGCGGGCGGCGCAGAGGCCUCGAACGUCUUCACGCGAGUGCUUCUCGCACUUUUCGGCGUGAUCCCGUGGGAUGUGAUCCCGAUGAUCCCGGUGGAGGCCAUUCUCCUGCCUCAAUGGUUCCCGUUUCACGUCUCGAACAUCUCCUUCUGGGCCCGGACCGCACUGGUGCCGCUGAUGAUUCUCCGGGCGGAGCAACCGGUCCGCCCGGUCGUAGGGAUCAAGGAGCUAUUCCACUGCAAACCGGAGGAGGUGGGCCCACUCCCCCCCUCCCUCCAUCAGAGCGCGGCGUGGUUCUCCUUCUUCCAGGCGUUCGACAAGGCGUUGAGGCUCGUCGAGCCGAUUAAACCGGCGUGGCUGAAGCGACACGCCAUCGACAAGGCAGUCCGGUUUGUCGACGAGAGAGUGGAGACAGAUAUAGGCCUGGGCGGAGCUUUCAUCAUGACGAUGAACGCGGUGAUAAUGUACGACGUCCUCGGGCGUCCCCACGACGACCCGAAAUUCACCAUCGCCCGAGACUACAUCGAGCACCUUCUGGUGGUCCGCGAAGACGAGGCCUAUUGCCAGCUAUGCGACUCGCCGGUGUGGGACACGGUGCUGGCCGCCUACGCACUCCUGGAGACGGGCGACUCGGACGCCGAGUUGGCCGCCCGCCGGGGGUUGGACUGGCUCCGCGGCAAGCAAAUCACCGAGGUCCGCGGAGACUGGGCUUGGCAUCGACCCCAGCUCCGACCGGGUGGCUGGGCUUUCCAGUACGAGAACCCCUAUUACCCGGAUGUCGACGAUACGGCUGUUGUUGUCGUUGCCAUGCAGCGUGCCGAUCGUCUCAAUGAGGAGAGAACGAGCCAUCCAGACAGAGCCUCGACGUCAUCCUACUCAGAAUGCAUCUCCCGCGCAACCGAGUGGGUUCUGGGCAUGCAGACAAGCGUCGGCGGGUGGGGCGCCUUCGAGCCGGAGAACACCAACUCCUUCCUCGAGAACGUCCCUUUCACCGAAUUCGGCGCCCUCCUCUUCGCGCCCACAUCCGACGUCACCGGGCGCUGUAUAUCCAUGCUCGCCGGGCUGACGUCACAUGACGUCAGCAAGGCGCAACAACGUGCCAUCGACUUCCUCCUGGCCGAGCAAGAGCCCGACGGUAGUUGGUACGGCCGUUGGGGCGUCAACUACACCCAUGGCACCUGGAGCGCGCUGGGCGCCCUAAACGCCGUCGGCUUCCCGUUGGACGACGAGAGAAUCCGACGCGCGGUGGGGUGGCUCCUACGGGUGCAGAAUGAAGACGGGGGGUGGGGAGAGGAUGGCGGGAGCUACGCGCUCGAUCACUGUUGUCACGAGUGGGCGCCCAGUACGCCCACGCAGACGGCUUGGGCGCUCCUUGGGCUAAUGGCCGCCGGCGAGGGCGACCACUCGGCCGUCGCACAGGGGGUUCGGUGGUUAGUGGGCGCUCAAAGGGAGGACGGAGCGUGGGAGGAGGAGGCGAUCACAGGUACCGCGUUCCCGCGGAUGUUUUACCUUCGGUACCACGGGUACCCGAGCUAUUUCCCGCUGUGGGCGUUGGCGAGGUACCGGAACUUGAAGCGCGACGGAUUGAAGCGGGUUGAACUGGCACUGUGAUGAUGUUCCCGUUGAAGAAUACAUACCGGUGGAUCUAUACUGCCAUGCAACGCAAAAACGCCGUAAACGCCGUUUUACACUUUUUGGAAACAAUUGGACCGCGUUAAACAGAAAGGAACCAAGCCACAUCAGAUAUUGCCAAAUUUAACAGGGAAAUUUCAUUUUUUA